AUGAAAAGAAUAAUGCGAGAAUUCUUUUGGUGGCCGGGCAUGUCCAAAGAGGUCAUUCAGUUUGUUAAAAAUUGUAAGACGUGUGCAGUACUGGCACGAAAGAACCCUCCGGUUCCACUAUCCAGCCGAGAUCUACCUGAGGGUCCGUGGGAAGUUAUCCAGAUAGAUUUCCUCUGUAUUCCUGGGUUUGGAAGUGGCGAGUUUCUGGUAAUUGUGGACACGUACUCGCGAUAUCUUGUAGUGAUCGAAAUGCAAAAUACAGACGCGGAGAGUACUAACGCCGUUUUGAACCAGGUUUUCCAACCAUGGGGUCGACCUUUGGUGCUACAGAGCGACAACGGGCCUCCAUUUCAAAGCUCAGCAUUCAUUUCGCAUUGGGAGAAUAAAGGAAUCAGAGUCCGGAAAUCCAUUCCCUUAUGUCCACAGACUAAUGGUUUGGUAGAGCGCCAGAAUCAAGGCAUCAUCAAGGCGAUGGCAGCCUCAAGAAUUGAUGGUGAAAAUUGGAAGAGUGCCCUACAAAGAUACGUUCACAAUCAUAACACCUUAGUUUCACAUUCACGCUUAGGUGUUACACCGUUUGAGAUGCUCGUCGGGUGGAAAUACCGUGGCACAUUUCCGAGUCUUUGGAAUGCGUCCUCUCCCAAAAUAUGGGACCGCACGGACAUACGAGACCGAGACUGUGAAGCAAAGCUAGUAAGUAAUCGCUAUGAGGAUACAAGGCAUGGGGCAAGAAGAUCAGACAUCAGAGUCGGGGAUGUUGUCCUAAUGGCUCAGCAAAGACGGUCGAAAACCGAUCCUACCUUUGCUUCGGACCGAUACACGGUUAUUGCAAGGGAUGGUCCGAAAGUCGUUCUGCUUAGUAAGGGCGGUGUACAAUAUGCCAGAAACGUGCGAGACGUAAAAGAGCUCCUGAUAUAG